AUUCCUUUUUCGGUCCAAGCAACACCUAAAGCACAGCCACAACAACAACCAAUAGACACACACACAUAUUUCCAUAUCCAUUUCGGCACCAAGUUGGUUUAAAUACAAAUUCCAGAUUUUCUACCGAUUUUCCAUUGCAAUUUGAACUCAAAAACCAAUAGAAAAAAGCAAGAAUGUGUGGAGGUUGGGCCUGCGCUUCGUAUGGCAUCGCCUGCAACAAUCACCGUUUGUCAAAUAUGCGCUACACAGGCCGUUGUUUUGCGCCCACGCCCUGUGGCAUCUUUGAUAAUUGCUCGGCCUGCGGUGGCGGCGGUUGUGGAGGGUGUUGCGGUUGGUAGUAAAUGUUGAAAUAAACGCUGGAGCUGCCGAUUUUUUUUAAUCAAUGUUGGCGUUGACUUCGUAAUCCAGAAUUGAAAUGGGGAAAAUAUUGUGAGAUCAUGAA